AUGAACUUUCAGGAAUUCUUUGAUCUCCUUCAGAGCAACAUCAAGGGCGUAGCCGCCAAACUUUAUAAUGAUCCACGAUUGGACUUUAAAGCAGCACUCGGGUUCUAUGGUGACGAUUACUUCGGAGCUCCUCAAACGACGACAUACGAGCAGAUUGAUAUGUUCAACAAAGACCUCAAGGAUGCGUUUGACGAUGUCGACGAAUUUCCGGAUCCAAACUCCCGGAACAUAACC